CCGCGCCGCCCUCCCGCCUGCCCGCCCGCGCCCGCCGCCGCCCCGCCGCCCCCAAGAUGUGGCACAACGUGGGGCUGACCCUGCUGGUGUUCGUGGCCACGCUGCUGAUCGUGCUGCUGCUGAUGGUGUGCGGUUGGUAUUUUGUUUGGCAUCUUUUUUUGUCAAAAUUCAAGUUUCUUCGGGAACUGGUGGGAGACACCGGAUCCCAGGAGGGAGACCGUGAGCCUUCAGGAUCUGAGACCGAAGAAGAUGCUUCACCGUCUCCGCACAGGAUCAGGUCUGCUCGCCAGAGGAGGGCCCCUGCUGAUGAAGGCCACUGAGCCAGCCGGUCCUGUGAUGGCAAAUGACCAAGGGUUCUGGGAGUCUCUCUGUAAUGACGGGGCUUUGCAGUUUGCUAAAGGAGUGAAGAACAUUCAUUCUUGGAUUCUAAGUCCAAUUCAAAAAAAGAUUUACAUGUAAGCCAUAUGCAAAUAAAGGGAAGUUCAACCAAAUCGAACCAUUGCAGAUUUCAUCGUUAAGAUAAUUUUUGCUUGUAUGCUUAAACAUAUAUACUUUUUCUUUGACCCUUGGGCUUCUUUUCUUGCGCUGGUGUUAAUCUGAUAAAUAUUACAGGCUUGAAAAUCCAUAUUUUAUUAAUGUUAGUUCUGCGUCAUGUUUCCCCUCCCCCCUCCCGCCCCCACAUCAUGCCUUGUCUGAAACUGGGAUAUAUCUCGCGGUUACAGUCAACCAGGCAACAGUCGUGAUGUAAUUACCCUCGUCUGGGCACGUGUGGACCUCAGGCUUGUCAUAGCACCAUUACUGAUUGUUGGCAUCAAAUGUGUCAGGUUUAACUGGCUUUUAAAAAUGUCUUCAAAAAGAUCACACUAUGAUUCAGCCUUGAAACGGAAAGUCAUCGUGUAUGCGGAAAAGCACGGCAACAGAGCCGCAGGGCGCGCGUUCCGCAUCAGCGAGGCGAACAUCCGUCGCUGGAGGAGCGACCGAAACUCCAUAUUUUCUUGUAAAGCCACCACAAAGUGCUUUACGGGACCUAAGAAAGGAAGAUACCCGCAGGUAGACGAGGGUGUGCUACAUUUUGUCAGUGAGACACGUGCAAAAGGACUGCCCGUCACACGCCAAGCAAUGCAGCUGAAGGCCGGAGAAAUUGCCAAAGCCCUCGGAAUAGAUGAAGCGAAGUUCAAAGCCACCAGAGGCUGGUGUGAUCGAUUCAUGCGUCGAGCAGGACUGUCCUUGAGGCGUCAGACCUCAUUGCGUCCAAAGCUUUCCGCUGACGUUAACCAGCGGGCGGUGCCCGAGCGCUGUUUAAAGCGGUGCUCUAUCACCAGGGCGCUUGACGAUGCCCAGGGGGGUGUGGUCUGGAGGAACGCAGACGCCCAUCUGAAUGAUUCCGAAGAGUUAGACUCAGACUACGACGUUAUAGUCAUCACUUAACCAGCUUAUUUCAUCAUGCACUUCCUGGACGUGAGCACAAGGUUGAUCUGAUAAAUAACUGUUUGAAAGCUCUGAGUAAAUCAGAAAACUAGGCAUUCUGCAGAAUACAAAAGCAUCGUGUCAUAGUUGAAUCGCCUGUGUCUUUUCUUAGUGAUAUUUAUGGUGCAUCUUACCGGUGAUGGUAUCUUAGGUUAGGGGGAAAAAAAUAGUCUGUAAAUUUAUUUUUAUUCCUAGGAUAGCAACUAUUUAUUGGGGAACUUAAUUCUGACUCUUACCAUAUCAUUAAAAUAGUUAUCCUCUGAGACACAUUUUGGAGCACCCUGUUCACGAUUCUAGAAUAGAAAUGUGGGAAUCUGGGCUCUGUCCUCUUCCUUCAGGAAGGGUAGGCUUCAUUACUCCUUGCACAUGGGAGGACUUCCUGCUCAAGGCAUGUGCUGAGGAGAAAAUACUUCUUCACAGACAGCAGUUCAGUGACAAGGCCUCCGAGGCACUAGGUAUUGGGAGAGCGGGUGAAAAUGCCUGCUUUACUGUAAAGUGAUUCCUGCCAUGUUCCCUUGUUUGUCUUCACUGAACUUUGGACUCAGUGUUUCCUGGGGAAGAGAGCUAUGCAUUAAAGAACUUUCCCAUUUAGUGUUGCCUGCUUUACAUGAAAGUGAAUUGCAAAGCCAACUUACUUUAUUAAUCUUAAGUUCUUUCUAUUUUAAACGUUUGUUUCUCAAGAACUAGUCAUUACAGAAUAUCGCCUCUGUUUCAUGACUGUAUAACUGUUUGAUACCUCAUACUCCACGCUGAUAGUUUUAUUAACAGUUCAUCUGCUCUGCCCCGAAUUGAUGAACACCUGUGCUGUCAUUGUGGCCCUUUGCAUGUACUAAAAGGGAAUUUACAGAGUUUAACUUUACUUUUCAAUAUUUGCUAAGGGGAGCGGUCCCCAGCAGCUCAGAGCGGGGCACUGUCUUUGUUUCCUUACUGGAUACAGUUUUUUCUCUAUGUGACUAUAUUGUUCAAGCAUUCAUUUUAAUGCUUUUGUACUAGCUAAAUAUCACAUUAAAGUGCUCAUCAGGUAGGGGAAAACCUCAUGCUUCUUGGUGCUGGGAGGAUAUUUGAAUUGGAUUUUUUGCAGGCUGAUAUUUGGAGCUAUGGAUUCUGCUUUGUAGUGAAUGUCUUAGGUUAGAUAAUAGUUGCUGACCAACUCUUUUAGUAGCUGGAAGGCUUCCUAUUGUGUCAGUAUUAAGAGUGAUGGCCAACAUAACCCCUAAAAUAUUCAAGGGUCAUCCACAAAUUAAUCCAUGAAAAGAUAUACAUGUUGGUAUUAUUUAUUAAUAUUUAUGCUUUUAUGAAUGUCUUUAAAAAUAGAAUUUUAAGAAAUAUUCUGCUUAGCUUGUUUGGGAAAUAUGCCCAAAGCAUAUUAAUAGCUCACACUCUGCCAUGUAUUAACUCUUAGGAAAGUAAAAAGAAGUAGCUGCUGCCAUAUGAAAAUUCUACAAACUGAUUUCUUUGUUUGAAACAUUUUUUCCCCCUAUGCAUCUCUUUUCCUAAUAGACUCACCAUAGUACAUAUUUCUAAGGCCACGGAGAGAGGCAAGAGAAAAAGUUAACACAGAGUUACUUGUGUGAUACAGGGUUUUUGUUUUUCCUGUUUUAGUGCUUUUGUAGCUGAACUUGCAGAGCUCAUUAUAAGUGCAUUUCAGUUUCUUAGUGGCCUGUGGUUGAUGUUGAAGCUUGGAGGGUUCUGAGCAUGAAAAAAAAAAGACAAACAAGUAUUAGUCUUGUCUGAAUGCUCUCAGACAGUGAUGGUGACCUCGGACGCCCUCGUUGGAGGAUGAAUUCUAAAACGAGAAGACUCUAGUGGGUGCUUUCAUUUCUAUCCAACCAACCACUUACAAAUGGUUUCUCUUCUUUUGCUUCUGAAACUUCUGUGAAAAUUGCGUAUAUCAGAUUUAUUGGUAGCAUUGCUCUGAUUUUCAAGGCCAAAAGACACUAAAUAUUUGUGUGACGCUGUUAAAGUUUUAAAAACAACUUCAACCUGUCAUUUUAACUGAAAGUUGGGAAUAUAGUAGGUAAUGGUUUCACAAAAUAGGGCAUUUUAAACCAAAAUGUGUUGAAAGAUUUGAAAGUAGUGCAUUUUUACUUUUUAGAGUUCCAUGCUGCAGUAUUUUUAAAUUCAGUUUUUCUUAAAAGCUAUGUUUUAAUGUAACAUGUAACCAGUGUAACAUUAGCUUUUGACUGGUAAACUUGAAGCGCUUUUAUAUUUCAGGUUGACUUUAAAAAGCCAAUGAGCAGUACUCAAAGGUUAUGGGUUCUUAAGCAAUUAAUGGAGUAGUAUUUUGAUAUGGAGUCUAAAAUGAAAGCACCUUGUAUUGUCUGCUUUUAAAGUAUUCUAUAGUUUUUAACUUAAAGCAUAAAGAGAAACAUUUUAUCUUAUAUUAAUAAAAAUUAACAUUUUUCACUUAUUAAUGUACGUGUAUCCCUUGCUUUAUGACAAGUGUUUAUUACCCUUUAAAUUCUAUGCAUAACCAUUCACCAAAUAGUGCUGCUCUGGUUUCUUGAAGGAAACGUUCUGUGCUACGCUAUGGUAUAUUGUCAUCUUGCUGCUUGACAAAUAGGUUUAUAAGAAAUUAGAACUGUGUGUGUUCAUAAUGCCUUUGUAUAACGAGAUGAGGAGUCCGUGUAAAUGUUAUUCGCUGUAAAACAGUUACUAGCUGUUAAAACUGGUCAACACUAUGUCUAAAGUUUCUUUGGUUUGUCUGUAUGAUGUCACUUUACAAAGAAUAAAUUAAAGUGAAAACAAAA